CCAACGACGCCAUCAUCGACAGUGUUCGCUUCUAUCAGCCGUUCUGGUGGUGCAUGCGUCUGAUGGCACCGACAUUCUUUGGGUCAACACAACGUCCUGUCCAGAUCUACAUGGUGCUGCUGCAUGUGCUCGUGACCUUCAUGUUUCCAGUGCAUCUGCUGAUUAAUCUGGCCCUGCAGCCCACCUCCGCCGAGCUCUUUCAGAACCUCAGCAUUUCGAUGACUUGUGCGGCCUGUAGCCUCAAGCAUGUGGCACAUAUUUAUCAUCUACAGGAUAGUGUGGAAAUCGAGAGGCUGCUCAUCGAACUGGAUGGAUAUGUGGAUGGCGAGGAGGAGCAUCGUUACUACGCGGAUCAUUUGCAGUGCCAUGCGAGACGUUUCACCCGAUGUCUGUACGCCAGCUUUGCCAUCAUCUACGCACUGUUUCUGCUCAGCAUUCUGAUUCUAAUUGCUUCCGCGGAUCGGCAGCUGCUGUAUCCCGCAUAUUUUCCCUUCGAUUGGCGUGCAAAUGGAUAUCUGUUUGCGAUGGCCCUUGGCUAUCAGAGCAUCAGCAUAUUGCUGGAGGGCGCUCAGGCUCUGGCCAAUGACAGCUAUGCUCCACUGACGCUCUGCUUUUUGGGUGGACACAUACAUAUGUGGGGUCUGCGUAUGCAAAAGCUGGGCUAUGCUGCGAAUCCCAUUGGUGUUAAUCACCAUCAACAGCUGUGUGCUUACAUAGAACAGCAUAAGACACUCAUGAGAGUCGUUCAACUGCUGCGUAGCACAAUGCAUCUCUCGCAAUUUGGACAAUUUAUCGCGAGUGGCAUCAGCAUUUCCAUUACCCUCGUCUACAUUCUCUUCUUUGCGGAAAACAAUUUCGACGUGGCCUACUACGGCGUUUACUUUGCGGCGAUCCUCCUGGAGCUCUUUCCCUGCUGCUACUACGGGACUCUGAUUUCUGUGGAGCUCAAUCGACUGACGGAUGCCAUCUUCUCCAGCAAUUGGGUGGGAAUGGAUCGCGGAUACUGUCGCACUCUGCUGAUAUUCAUGCAACUGACUCUGGCGAAGGUGGAGCUCAAGGCGGGCGGAAUGAUUGGCAUUAGUUUGAACGCAUUCUUUGCCACCAUACGAUUGGCCUACUCCUUCUUUACCCUGGCCAUGUCGCUGCGAAAAUGA